AGUUUUGAAUUAUUAUAAAGUGCAGGAUAAAAGCUAUAUGUGAUGUUCAUGAUAACUUAUGUGAUCGUAUACAUUUCUAUUAAAAUACACGUUGUGAUAAAGCCAUUGCACUGUAAUGACUAAAUAAAUAAAAUAAAAAUAAGUGGCGUGUGGUGCUGUGUGGUGGGUGGGAAUUUUUUCUUUAGACACGCCCCCUGUCAAAACGUCACAUCCAAACAUGGCAGCUUACUUGAGUGGCUUACACCACAUUUCCCUUCACGUUUCUAACGUGAACAAAAUAGCCAAUGACCUUGUGUCCAAGUUCAAGUUUAGCCUGUUCGCCACCAGAUUAACGGACAGGUCCCGACAACUGGCCUUCAGAAAAGGAGCCGCCGUGUUCGUCGUGAACGAGAGACCAAACCAAAGCGGCGUGACAUUGAAUGAAGAGCUGCCGGACAUCACACACCGGCAUUCACCGGACACGCGCAGGCUCAACGUGGGCAAGUACGAACACGGAACAGCGAAAUGUCUGUACGACAUCAGCCCGAGUUACUCUGUGGAUACUGUGAGUAACGUGUGCUUCGAGGUGGAGGAUGUGGAAAAGUCCUUCAGGGACCUUCGCCUUUUGGGUUGUAACUUCCUGGUGCCACCCACCACAGUGGAGGACGAGACUGGAGCUGUCACCUACUCUGUGGUGCAGUCAGUUGUGGGCAAUGUGUGCCACACGCUGAUUGACAGGACUAAAUAUGAGGGUUUAUUCCUGCCCGGGUUUGACGUCCUGGAAAAGGACUGCAACCUGGAAGAGGACGAGGACAUGUCCUGUCCAAUCACACACUUUGACCACAUCACUUAUGCCUGUCACAGGAAAACCACUCAGCAGGUCAUGAGGUGGUACGAGCAGCUCUUUGGUUUUCAAAGGUUUUUCAUUGAUAGUGAGGAAGAUGUGGACGAAGGUUUCGUCAUAAACCAGCAGGGCAUUGGACUGCGUCUUACUGCCAUGGAGUACUGGAAAUGCAGCAAAGCCGGCAUCAUUCUUCCUUCUGUGGACAAAAAAGGGCCUGACUGCAAGUUUGUCAUUGCAGAAUCACUGCCUGAACAAGGCAGGAACCAAGUUGACACCUUCUUGGAGCAGCACCAGGCUCCAGGGAUCCAGCACGUUGGACUGUACACUGAAAACAUCCUCUCUACUGCACAUGCAAUGGCUGGAGCUGGAGUGCAGUUCUUUUCCCCCCCUCCUGCCUAUUACACUGAGGUGGGAAAACAGCAGGAAAUCGAGGAGGCAGGACACAGGCCCCAGAUGCUGGCACAGUAUGGCAUUCUCCUGGACACAGACCUGCACCAGGAUCCACUGAAAACAUCCUGUGAUAACAGACGGUACCUUCUCCAGGUGUUCACCAAGCCCAUCUUUGCUGAGGACACCUUCUUCCUUGAGUUGAUUGAGAGAAGAGGGGCAAUGGGUUUUGGCGAGGGAAACAUCAGAGCACUGUGGCGGUCGGUGCAGGCCUACAUGGAGAGUGAAAGAGGGGAUUCUCAAGAAAAUGAAAACUCAAAGACUGUUUACACAAGAGCACGCGAAACAAAAUAAUAAUGAAAUAUUCAAAAUGUUAUCUAUUUCAGUUUAAAUUAAGUGGAAGGCCUCAAAUUGCACUUCACUACGCUGUUUAUAAAUCAAAUUAUAUGUUGCGAUAAUAGCUAUCUCGAACAUCUCUCUUAAGAGAGCUGCUUCUCAUUGUGAACAAACUGGUUUAAUAAUAAAUUAUUCAUAAAAUGCUUCAAAUAUGAGAACAAAAAUAAACACACAUACAAACAUUGUGCGGGCCACACGGUGCUAUCGUGGUUAGCACUCUCGCCUUGCAGCGAUAAGACCCGGGUUCGAGCCCCGGUUGGAACAAGGGCCUUUCUGCAUGGAGUUUGCAUGUUCUCCCCGUGUGUGCGUGGGUUCUCUCCGGGUUCUCCGGCUUCCUCCCACAGUCCAAAAACAUGCAAUGUGGGGAUUAGGUCAAUUGGACACUCUAAAUUGACCAUAGGAGUGAGUGUGAGAGUGAAUGGUUGUAUGUCUCUAUCUGUGUGUGGCCCUGCGAUGGACUGGCGAACUGUCCAGGGUGUACCCCGCCUAUCGCCCGAUGUAGCUGAGAUUGGCACAGCACCCCCCGCGACCCUCUGGUGGAGGAUAAAGCGGUAGAUGAUGACUGACUGACUGACUGACAAACAUUGUGCAUUGAUUAAACAAUGGCGUGAAAACUUC